AUGGACGACAAGACCGUCUUCAAGUCGUCGACUGCCUUCGACAAGGAGGCUUCGAGCGACGAUGUCGGUGCCGGACAGGUCCUCGACUACUCCGGAGAGCCGACCAGCACGCAUCGCGGCGAGCUCCAUCGUACCUUCAAAGCCAGACACAUCCAGAUGAUCACGCUCGGCGGCUGCAUCGGCAGUGGAUUGUUUAUCAGUACCGGCAAGGCACUCCACAACGGCGGCGCUGCAGCAAUGUUGAUCGGAUAUACAUUGAUUUGCAGCAUGGCUCUCGCCACGAUGAACCUCAUAUCCGAGUCAACCUGCAUCUGGCCUACCUCUGGUGGUUUCAUUGAGCAUGCCAACCGAUUCGUUGAUCCUGCCAUGGCCUUCGCGUGCGGCUUCACUGAGUGGCUUGCCUGGGUCACCGUCGUUGCCGCAGAGGGAGCCAUAGUUCGAGUCAUCCUCACAUACUGGACUGAGGCUAUCCCGACGGCUGCCGCCAUGACGGUCUAUCUUGUCCUUGUCUUCGGCAUCCACGCCUUGCCCAAUCGGUGGUUCGCCGAGUUCGAGUUUGGCACAGCCGCUUUGAAAGUGAUGUGCAUGAUCAUCAUUUUGAUUACCUGUAUCGCCUUGCUCGCAGGCGCUGGCCACGACACCACUCCCCACGGCUACAACUACAACACAGCCCCUGCGUUCCCCAACGGUAUCAAGGGAGUGUGCACCACAUUCCUGCUCGCCGCGUGGGCAACUGGAGGUCAAGAAAUCAUGUCCUUGUCUGCAGCGGAGGCCUCGCGACCUCGCUACGAUAUGCCCCGGGCCUGCAAGAAUCUCUUUUUCCGGAUUCUGAUCUUCUACGAGCUCUCGAUCAUCUUCCUCACGAUUCUGGUGCCAUAUAAUUCCGAGAAACUCCUUGGCACAGGCACCGUGGCAAGCUCGCCUUUCGUAAUUGCCAUGGUCAACGCCGGCAUCAAGGGUCUUCCCGACCUGAUGAACGCAGUCAUCCUCCUCGGUCUGGCGGCCAUCGGCGCCGAGUCGAUGUACGUCUCGUCCCGCGCCAUGGUCGCCAUGGCCCAGAUGGGCAUGUUCCCACGGUUCCUGGGCAACAUUGACAAGAAAGGCCGCCCGCGUUGGGCCUUGCUCGUGACAGCCGCCUUCUCCACGGUCUUCACAUACAUCAACUGCUCCAGCACGGGCGGGAUCAUAUUCACAUGGUUCUCUUCUGUUUCGGCAACCGUGUACUUCAUGUCGUGGAUGAGCAUUAGCAUCAGCAACAUCCAAAUGCACAGGGCCAUCAAGGCUCAAAAUGAUCCGGUCUGGACCUUGCCCUACGCAUGGAGACUCAGAGGAUUUCCUGUUAGUGCGAUCUACUUGUUCGUCACGUCGUUCCUCGUCCUCUUUGGCACGGCGUAUGUCUCGCUGUUCCCGAUCGGAGGCGCGCCGCCCAACGCCGAGACCUUCUUCGAAACGUUCCUGGGCGUGCCGAUCUGGAUCGCGUGCUAUCUUGGGUACAAGCUCGUUUACCGGACCAAGUUCGUCAAGCCGGCCGAGGCGGAUCUGAAGACCGGACGACGGCCACUGACGGAGGAGGACGUUGCGUUCUUCGAUAGGUAUUUUGCUCAGCCCAUGUGGAAGAGAGUUUUGUCUUAUGUCAGAUUCUGAGCGAUACUGGUACUGGUACUGGUAAUGCUGGUGCUAGCAGUAGUAGUAUUAGUAGGUUCCAAGGGCGGACAACGAUGUACAUUUGGGGGAUUAUCUGGCUGUUCUUUUCACUCUUUUAUGGCAGUGGUGGGAGGUGUGGUGGCUAUGUCUAUGUCUAUACGGAGUACUUUGAGAACAAAUAC